AGGAGGGGGGGGGCGGGAGGAGAGACGUGCACCGUCAUCAGCAUCUGUCCUGCGAGCUCCCUUUGUGUUCACCGGAGAGCGCGUGCAUGGCGAAAGAUGACAUGGCAGAGGUAGAUGUGGCUCCUCGCGCCCCGGCGGAGCCCCCCUCGUGCGCCGCUGCCUUCCCCUACGAGGAGUACGAGUGUAAAAUCUGCUACAAUUACUUCGACCUUGACCGCCGCGCUCCUAAAAUCCUCGAGUGCCUGCACACCUUCUGCGAGGAGUGCCUGAACACGCUCCAUCUGCGCGAGGAGCGGCCAUGGCGCAUCAGCUGCCCCGUGUGUCGCCACCGGACCCCCGUGCCGGAUUACCGGAUACAAAACCUGCCCAACAACACCAAGGUGACGGAGGACUUCCCGCUGUACAUGGACUCGGACCCUCUGCCUCAGGACGCGCUGCCUCCCUUCCCCCCUUCGCUUCACCCGGCUCUCCUCGCGCUCCGCCGGGAGGAGGGCACGUACAGCAGCGUCAGCCAGGCGACCCCGUCCACCACCGGCACCGUGUCCACCGCCACCACCCUCUCGCAGGACUCGGUGCGCUACGACAGCUGUCAGAGCUGCAAGAGGGUGGCGCUGACCACCGGCUGCGUGUGCGUCAUCUUCUCCUUCCUGUCCAUGCUCGUGCUGCUGUUCAUGGGCCUGAUCUUCGUGCACAGCCACAGCACCCCCCCCUCGCCCGCGGGACCCAUCUGCCUGUCGGUCGCGAGCAUCCUGGCCAUGUUCUCGGUGGUCGUGACAUGGCUCAUCUGCUGGCUCAAAUACAGACCGGACCACGAGACGGGCCGCUCCUCCGCCACCAGCAACUCGCGCAGAAACGCCUGACUGACGGCGGGCUGAGGCGCCCUCUACUUUUUAUAUAGGAGUGAAUAUCGUCCAAAAUGGCCUUUUUAUCAGUAUUGCAAACACCGUGUUGUGUGGCCGACAUGAUGACCCCUCGAUACUCUCUUUUCCUGAAGUGGUGGAUUGACAGUGAACGCUCCUGUGGUUGCUUUGAUGACUGAAUGUGAAUUUAUUUCCAGGGUUUCCCUCCUCCCCCUCCCCACUAUCCUGCUUUAUUAUAUGCAUAUCCCACAAUGCCACUCACUGUAUGAUACACUGUCCACUCUCAUAGCUCAACAAAGCACUGUUGUGUUGUGUACAGAUGUGUGUUCACUUCUGACUUUCCAGGGGGUGGAGUUUGUUUUUUAUGGAGGCUUGUAUGUUUAUGUGAGAAGCCUCACAGUUAUUGGGUUACAAAAGAAAUGUAAAUAGUCCGGAUCAGCCUUUUCUUGGAGACCUUACUAAAUGUGCACAUUUCUGCUGGAGAAAUGUCCCUACGACUUUUUAAAAGUUUAAUUUAAAUAUGUUUUGAGAAAUAGCGUGCACAAAGCAAUGUAACACAGAACUCUGUGUCCGCUAACACUGUCGGGUUAUGAGAACCCAAAUGAUGCAAUUUAGACAUGUGACUAAUUUAAGUAAACUUUGAAUAGAAAAUAGGGAAUCAAACAUCCCGCUUUAGAAGCAGGGCACAGACAAUGCACUAGUUAAAGAAAAAUAAGUAAAGAACGCUAAAAGAGCAUACUGAUUCUAAAAUGACCUCAACACUUCCAUGCAUCGAUAAGAAACUUUAACAAGACGUUUCCAAAUGUCCAUUUUACAUCUCUCUCUGCUUCGCUCUUCAAUGUCACGUGUGUCGGAUGUGACAUUGAAGAGCGAAGCAAAGUCUUCAGACGUCAUAAGGUGUUUCUAACAAAUACUGUAAGCAUGCAUAACAUUUUUAAAUCUGAAAGAAGUGUCCACACCACUUUUCAAAACAAAGUGUGCUCCAGCUGUUCCCGCAGGAUGUUUUCUUUGAACACGGCACAUAUUCCAGGUUUUACAAAGCUUGUGUUUUUGACCUUGCGCUUGGAAACGUUACUGCAUGACAGGCUUCUGAAAGGCACUUUUGUAAACAUAAUUGACGUUAUGUCUCAUUGUGAGUCACCUUGUUGCUUCAGGAAGUAAACCUUCACCCCCCCCCCCCCCCCCAGUUGACCAAAUCAGUGCAUCCAGAUGUUUUGGGCGAACAGUGUUUAAAAAAAACGACUCAAUUACUUUACUGAAGUAUUGGUACUUUUACUUUACUGGAGCAUUUCCCUUUCAUGCUACUUGUCCUCCACGACAAUUUGGAAGAUUGUACUUUUACUUAUUUCAUUUUCAGGUUAUGUAAUUGGAUUACAAAGAAACUGUAAAUAGUGCACAGAGAAGUGGUGAGUGCUUCUGGUUCACCUUUUUCAAUGAGACCUCUCCAACCCAAGCUGAUUCUGCAGGAUGCUUUCUUUGAACACUGCACAUAUAUGGUGUUUAAAGCUUUGACCCUGUUAUGUGUCAUUAAACCUUCACUUUCAUCAUGAUAGAAACCCAUGCACCGGCCACAGGGAUUUCCUCUUUCUGUCACUUAAACAACGGAAGAUACAAAACAGGGUUUCCGACAUAGAGCUGCCUCCCAAAACUGGCACCUUUCACACUUAAAAGCAUGCGUGUUUGCAUCUGAAAUGGUCCGAAUAGAUACCUUGGUCUCCUUGAUAAACAGUGAUAGUAUAACAGACAUGCUGAACAGUUCUGGUGUCACUCUGUCUCCUCUGGGGUUUUCAGGAGUCAUAAUUACCUUUGGAAACAUGAGCUUUGUUGCUAAAAUGAGAAAAAAGGCAUAUGAGAAGAGUUGUGUUAUUUCAGUAUCUGCGAUAACACACUGCACAGAUCUAAUUCCCCUUCAAAUCUUUACACUUUCAAUGUGUUUCCCCUGCAGAAGGACAAUGUAUCUGAAAGUGGAAUCUGCUCCUCAUCACACAGUGUUUUGCAAGAAGAGGCCCCUAAAGUGGGCUUCUUGAGUAUUAUGAAUAUUACUCUGAAGCGUUGGUAAAUGUAAUCGUUGCGACCUAUACAAUUAUUAAUGUAUUAUUCUUCAAUAUGGCUUCAGGUGAUACUUGUGUUGCAGUGAAACACCUUGACAGCCAUGGAGCACUUGUUGCACUCCCCAAACUUCCUUUUUAGUGUUUAAUAUCAAAUUGUGAGAUGCGUUUGACACCAUAGUGGUUUUGCACUUGAUGCCCUUUCACACUGAUGGUACCCCCACCUCACUGCAAGGGGAAUAAACAAAAACAAUUCAAUAUACCUCCUAACCCCCCCUCAAUCUGCUUCAAUCAUCCUGCUACACCCUUCCCUAUCUUUAAGACGAUGCACUUUCGCCCUCUUAUUUGACACAAGUAAUGGGGUGUUAAACUUUUGUUAAAUGUAAGCAUAUUUAUUUCAGAGGACCUAUAAAUUGUUGUUGGUUUUUAUGAGACUCUGUGGUUGUUGUUGAAACGUAUUUGCACAGAGAAAUGUUCCUUAUGUGCUGUUUUACAUACAUAAACACAUUUCAGUAAUAAAGGAAACAUUAAUAUC